AUGAAUUUUGAAUCCUUGAACGAUACCAGCACGAUAAAAAACGAAGACCUGAAGGACGAAUACGACAUAUUCCUGUUCGCCCACUUGGACAACAUCACCAACAACAUCGUCAACGGCUCCAACGACCUGCCGUUCGGCAACCAAAUGGAGGCGGCGCCGUUGCCGCCGUCGAAGCCUCGCGAUCACCUCGACCACGACAUGGCCUUCGACGAGAAGGAGGUCGCCAAUCUGGACGUGGCGGAGCUGAUGAAGUUCGAAUCGGAGGACGCCGACAACGGCACGACGCACUUCGUCAGGCACGAGAUCCAGAACGGCAAGCAGGUGAAGUUGUGGGAAUGCGGUGUUUGUCAGAAGGUGUUUACGCAUCAGUACACUUUGAUGCGGCAUUUGCCGACCCACACGGACGAGAGGAAGUUCCAGUGCGUUACGUGCGGGAAAGCCUUCCGGCAAAUGUCGACCCUAUCCCAACACCGGGCUAUCCAUUCCACCGAUCGUCCUUACAUUUGCGAAAUUUGCCAGAAAACCUUCAAUCGCGUAUCCACUUUGAUUUCCCACAGAAAAACCCACACUGGUCUCAAACCCCACAGGUGCCAUUUGUGCACUAAAGCUUUCCAUCAGAAAGGAAAUUUGCGCAAUCACAUUUUCACGCACACCAACGAGAGGCCUUACAAAUGCGACAUUUGCGGCAACGGUUACAACCAAAUGUCCAAUUUGAUGUGCCAUAAACUGAAAGCUCAUCAGAAAAGCGAGAAACUUAAGUACGAGUGUCACGUUUGCUUCAAGUCCUUCGCUAAGCGCGUUAGUUUGAGACAACACGAGCGGUACACUCACGUACCGAAUACCACCGAAGCCGUUGUUCAACCGACGUCCACCAUACAAAUACCAGACAAGAUUAGUAACGCAAAUUCGAUAAUCGUGGAGCCGAUAAAAACUGAGGCGAUGAGACUAGCGAUCGAAUCGAAUCAAACGCCUUUCGCCCUUCUGCGUCCCGUCUCUGGAAUUCCCGUGCUGGUGAGAGUCCUUCCAGCUGGCGAUAAGCAGAUGUUGGUUCCCGCGUCUGCCGAGGAUUUGAAAAAGCACAGCCAAAUUUCCAUUAUGGCCAAGGAUGACAAAAUACCCAUCACCCAAAACCAGCAAACCGGUUGUACCGUUCAAAUAAAAAUACCCGUAGUGGCGACUGUGAUUCAACGAAGCGAUCUCGCCGGUCAAUUGUCGAUGUCGGUGAUCAGUCCCGGUCCGAACGGGGAAUUGGGCGAUCAGAUCGGAUUGAUGGGAUCUAAAAUUAAUAACUUCGUCUACAGUUCCACUUUGACGCAAUGCGGCGUCGCCGGAUCGCACGAUUUAUCCCAAAAUGGUACUCUAUCGUUCAUAAAUCAACAAGACCUAGGUGUUAACGGGGUGGAGAAUAAUCACAUACAAAUUAGCAUGGAUAAUGGAAUCGCCUAUCAAACGAUACCGGUAUAA